AUGGACGAGGCACUUCAGAAGCGUCCUCAACCCUCCCCCCAACUGCUCCGACGCCGCAAUCACCGUCUGCUUCAACUGGGGACCAACGCCGACCUCAACCUCUCGUCCUCUCUAUACGAAACCAUCAGGGCCAUGGAACAACCCUCUUGCAGGAAAGCACCCGGGUCAGAGGCGACCGUCGCUGAGAUUUACAAGCACGGCGCCACCCACCUCAUAUAA